CCCUCCAAUGGCCGCCGAAGCCGGCGCACUGCGCUGAUCUGAAGCCAGGAAACAGGUGCUUCCUCCUGGUCUCCCAUGCGGGUGCAGGGCCCAAGCACCUGGGCCAUCCUCCACUGCCCUCCCUGGCCACAGCAGAGAGCUGGCCUGGAAGAGGGGCAACUGGGACAGAAUCCGGCGCCCCGACCGGGACUAGAACCCGGUGUGCCGGCGCCUCAGGUGGAGGAUUAGCCUAUUGAGCCAUGGCACCGGCCACUUUUAACAUUUCUAAUAGAUUAUUUUUUAAAAUUUUAGAACAAUUUUAGAUUAACAGAAGAUUUUAAAAGAUAGCAUGUUGGGGCCGGCGCUGUGGUGUAGUGGGCUAAGCUGCCACCUGCAGUGUCAGUAUUCCAUGUGGAAGCUGAUUCGAGUCUUGGCUGCUCUUUUUCCCAUCCAGCUCUCUGCUAUGGCCUGGGAAAGCAGAGGAAGAUGGCCCAUGUCCUUAGGCCCUUGCACCCUCUUGGGGAAACCUGGAAGAAGCUCCUGGCUCCUGCCUUUAGAUUGGCAGAGCUCCGGCCAUUGCAUCUAUUUGGGGAGUGAACCAACAGGUGGAAGACCUCUCUCUCUGUCUCUCCCUCUCUCUGUCUGUAAUUCUACCUCUCAAGUAAAUAAAUAAAUAUUUUUUUUAAAAAAUUAUGUAGUGUUCCCAUAUACUUCUCUUCUAGCUUCCCCUUUUAACAUCUUACAUUAGCAGAGUACAUUGGGCACAAUUAAUGAUACUCUAUUAUUAUUGAGAGAUCAUACUUUAUUCAAGUUUUCUUAGUUUUAUUUAGUUUUUUUUUUUUCAAUCUAUUAUCCACCCGGGUUACCCAAUUUAUUUUUAAUCUUCACAUCUACUUAGGCGCCUCCUGUCUUUGACAACAUCGCAGUUUUUUCUUAUUUUGGAUGACAUCAAAGUUUCGAUGUGUACUAGUAAGAAAUCUGUAGGAUGCGGGACUGGUGUUGUGGGAGUAAAGGUUAAGCUGCUGCUUGUGACACUGCCAUCCCAAUGUGAGCACCAAUUGGAGUUUGCUCCCUUCUAAUAUAGUUUCCUACUGAUGUGCCUGGGAAGGCAAUGAAAGAUGGCUUGAAUACUUGGGUCCCUCCCACCCACAUGGGAGACCUGGAUGGAGUGCCCGACCCCUGGCUUCAGACUGGCCCAACCCUGGCUGUUGUAGCUAUCUGGAGUGUGAACCAGCAGAUGUAAGACCUUUGUCUCUCCCUCUCUAUCUGUCACUCUGCCUUUAAAUUAAAUUAAUGAAUCCUUAAAAAAAAAAAAAAAAAAGAAAGAAAGAAAAAAGAAAUCUGUAGAAUGCCCCUAAAUUUGUAUGAUUGUUUUUCAUUUCUGAUUGCUGUUGGAAAUAACUCCAAUACUGUGUGGAACAGAGUGUUGAGAAUAGGCAUCCCUGCCUUGCACUCAAUCUUACAUGGGAAGUUUUGCAUUUUCCUUAUUGACAAUGAGAGUAGACAUGGCUCUUUUCAUUAAGGACCUUUAUAUGCUGAGCUACAUUCCUUCUAAACCUAAUUUGUUGAGUUUUUUCUUAAUCAAGAAAGGAUGUUCAACUUUGCUAAAUGGUUUUUCUCUAUCUGUUGAAACAUUCAUGUUGUUUUUAAUCUCUCCGUCUGUUAAUGUAGUAUACCUCAUUGCUUGAUUUGCAUAUGUUAAAACAAUCUUGCAUCCCAGGGAUGAAUCCCACCUGAUGUGUUGUUGAAUUCAAUUACCUAGUAUUUUAUAAGAAUGUAGUUUUCUUUUCAAGAUUGAAUUCUUAAAAUGGUUUGGAAGUAUUCUUCCUACAUGUAAUUUUUGGGAAGCAUUUUAGGAGGUCAACUGUUAAUUUUCCUUAUUUUAAAUAUUUUUAAAAAUAAAAACAUGUAAGGCUAUAUGUUUUCUUCUGGGUUUAGCUGUGUCCCAUUGUCACUAUACUUGUAUCUGAAUCACUUGCGCUUUGUACUUGUGUUGUAUUUUGGAUUCUUGGGUUGGUUGAAGAUAAUUCUUUUAUUUUUAAAUUUUUUGACAGGCAGAGUGGACAGUGAGAGAGAGAGACAGAGAGAAAGGUCUUCCUUUGCCGUUGGUUCACCCUCCAAUGGCCGCCGCGGCCCACACGCUGCGGCAGGCGCACCGCGCUGAUCCAAUGGCAGGAGCCAAGUGCUUCUCCUGGUCUCCCAUGGGGUGCAGGGCCCAAGGACUUGGGCCAUCCUCCACUGCACUCCCUGGCCACAGCAGAGAGCUGGCCUGGAAGAGGGGCAACUGGGACAGAAUCCGGCGCCCCGACCGGGACUAGAACCCGGUGUGCCGGCGCUGCAAGGUGGAGGAUUAGCUUAGUGAGCCGCGGCGCCGGCCGAAGAUAAUUCUUUAAAUUUCAAAGCACUUAGUAUUUCGUAUGUGUGUGUGUAUGUGUGUGUGUGUCCUUGCUCAUUCAUCUCAGGGAAUUUUCAGUAUUUUCUCUGUGGUCAUAUGCAUGAUCAUUUUCUGUGAAAUUUCUGUUCCAUGGGCAUAAAAAAAGACUAUAUUUAUAGAUGUAUGGCAUAAAAUAUCCACACACAUUAAUAAAAAACAUGGUAUUUUCAACAUCAUUCUGGUUCUCUGAUUAAAAUAUUUAUAAUUUUGCUUUCAUGCUGCUGUUGUAUUUACUAUAAUAUGCAUCUUCUGUAUUAGGAAAGAAAACUGCUUACUCUUUAUAUUAGUGCAAUUCGCCAAAUACAACUGACAUGCAUUUUGACUUCACUUUAACUUUUAGUAACUCUUUGCCCAUCACUUUUGUAUUCUGUGUGCUCUGUCUCCCCUUUGCUGUAGGGCAUCAGUUUUCCCUGCUCUCUAGGCCUGAUUUGCUCUCCCUAACCCCUCAUCCCCUAGUCUAUGAUGCCAUCCAUAUCCUGAGUCAUCCCUGAAUUGUUUUACAAGGGGACAUCAAAUGCAUUCAGUUGUUUCACUUGCCUAGCUCCAGACUAGAGUGUCCAGCUACCAUGUAUAUCUCUAUGUAGGAGUCUUUGUGACUCCUUGAACUUGACUCUUGUGUCAGAAAGUGGCUCUUUCUCCAUUCUUUGCUUGUGCAAGGUAACCACAAACCCAGGAGUCACUCUUGGUAUAAUUCCCUGACCAGGGAGAUAUUAGGAACAGAGGAUAGAGACCCACCAGGUGGGUAGAGGGAAAUCUUCACAUAACUGCUCUACUCUUUGAAGUAGAUCCUGGCAUUCUAUAAGGCUCCUGCAGAAAAGCCACCUAGUUGUUGACCUCCUUUAAAGUUUUACUAUAUUUUAUGGACUUUCCAACUGUGAAGUUAAAAUUCACAAGACCCAGGAAACAAAUUACAAUAAUGCCUUUCAAUUUCUUUAAAAUGCUUUGAAUUGUAAUAAUGUUUUUAUUUUUAUAACUAUAUCAAACGUUUUUAGGGAGUCUUGUUCCCUCUUCCCCUAGGCUUAAACAAAUUCUGAAACAGGGUUUCUCAAUCUGUCAGCUGCAUCUGGGCCACCAGGGAAUUUAAGAAAUGCAGAUUGUGACUCAGGAGGUCUGGAGGUCAGGCUUGUGUGUUUCUAGCAAGCCCCUGGUGAUGCCAGUAUUGCCAGUGUUAGCACACUUGGAGUAACAGUAGCAAGGUUAUAAAGCCCUUCUGGGUUUUUGCAAGUAUAGUUUGUCCAACUUUGUUCUGUAUUUGUGUCAAACCAAUGGUUGAGAAUGGUAUACUGUGAUAGUUUUAAUAAUCUGUGAUUAUUUUAAAAUUAAAAAAAAUCUUGGAUUUAGUUUCUGAACUCCAGCAAAAAAUCCAAUCUCUACAUGUUAGGGAUACAUUUCACUUUUUUCCAUGAAACUCUUUGCCCACCUUGAGAACUCACAUUAUUUAUUGGGCUUAGGUAUCAGUGACAUUUGUUUCAAAAAGUUGACUAUAUUUUUUAAAAAUAUAAUUUGUGGACUCAGACUAGAUGCACAAUUAGUCAUGUAAUCUGCAGCUAGUCCCCAAAGUGGCCUUCUGACGUGAUCUGAGCAGUAGUGUAGUGGGUGACCAUCUUGGGCCACCCUGGCCUUUCCUUGUUUUAACACUGAGAGUCACACUUGUGAGGAAAUCCCAGAGUCCUCAGUGGACCAGGUCAACAUUAGGACUCUUCUCUCACCAUGGGCAAGUUACAGGCACCCAAACGGAUUGUUUUUAAAGGCACAGUACUUUCUGACACUCAAGCAUUUUGAUAUGUUCCUUGGACAAUCACUUUCCUUAGUUAUUUCUCAUAGGUGGUGGAUAGAGCAGGUUUAGACCUGUUUCGCAGGGAUCAAAUGACAUUUUCAGAGUCUUUUCCAUUACCUGCGAUUUCAAGUUCUUAUACUUUUGCUAUUUGAUGGGUACAUGAUCAUUCUUGCUUUCUUCAAGUGAAGGUUAUAAAGCUAGCUUUGGGAAAGCUGGUUUUGCUUUAAUGGUCUCUUUAAGACUACUUAUUAAAAACAACAACAACCAAAAUCCUUUAUUUUCUCCUAUUUUGUAAAGCUAAGUGCAUAAGAGUUAAUAUUCUGUCUUUUAAAUUUGAAAUUCUAUGUGGUUUAUUUCUGGAAAUGUUAGUCAUAUUGGCUGGUUAUUUUUCAUGGGCUGAUAACUAUGUCACCAGCAAUGAUAUACAUGAUAUUAUUUGAAAACCUUGCCUGGCAUGUGCUAAAAUUCACCGAAAGUGCCUUUAAAAACAAAGGUCUUAUCACAGUCAUCCUUCUAUUUGCAUUGCAAGAUAAGUGACACAAACCCAUUUUAAUUAGAUCCAGAAAUCCCUGAGCAUUUGGCAAUUAAUAGUAUCAAUUGUUCCAUUAAUAAUAAGUAAUAUUCCUAAUGCCAAGUGUGUUAUGUGUUAAUAAGCAAAAUAGGUUCUGAAAAUGUCUCUGUUGGAAACUUCACUUCGGUGGAGUUUGUGAGGACUGGACAUUAGGGGUGGACUUAGAGACUGAAAUCAAACCAUGUGUUUAGGACUUGGAGGAGGGAGAAGAGAAAGCCAUAGUCAUGCUCUGCUCAUCAUCACUGACUGACUAGAUAUACAAUGUCUUGAGCCCCUACCAAGUAGUAGGCAUUAAAUGUGGGUCAUCAGCUUUCACUGGAAUGGUGGCAAUGUCAGUUAGUGUUUGUCAAAAUCCUAAAUACCUUGUAGUAAAAUAUUGUAACAGACUGUAAGCAUUGGCUUGGAAACACUGGGGGAGGUGUGCAUGUGCAACUGGAAAACCGCCUGAGAAACUGGCUAAUAGAGCUGCUUCCAUGCAGAAAGGCUCUUGAGCUUGGAACAUGUCCCAAAUCAGUUGUAGUGAGAUCCCUGGGCUGUGUUUUGCAAUUCAAAUACAUUGGUACUUUCCAUAGCAGCCUCUGAGGCUCCCCAGUGGUGGGGUCCUUUGAAUGUUCACUCAUAAAUGGGGACCUUUGUUCUAUGGUACAUUUGAGUGUCACACUUUGGUGAUAAAUUCAAACUUUGAAAAAAAAUCUCAAAGUAAGCAGCUUUUGAGGCCUCUGAUUGCAGAUGAAGUUAAAGAUCACAGCUUACUACUGCCAGUGGCUCUACCAGUCUGUCUAGAUCAUAGAAAGCCAUCAAUAGUUCAUUAUGUGUUGGGGAAUUUUGUGUUGGAAAAAUUGUGGAGAGAUGAGGAGGGUAGGUGAGAGAUUCCUGUUUACCUUUGGCCAAGCCUGUUUGUUCCACAUUAAUUCCUUUGGCCACAGUAGUUAAGUCUAUUAUCAAAAUUCUUUAUCUAGUCCAAAAAAUGUGUCGCAGACAAUUCUUUUAUUCACUAUGUUUAUCUGCUGUUUCAGAUCUCUAAAGAAUCACACAUAGUUGUGGCACCAAGGGCUCUAUAGGACACAGCCAGGUUUCCUACUGAGACAUCUUUGCUCAGAUGUAUGGUCUUAGAAGUAACUGAUAGCCUAACCUAUCAAGAACUGAAUAGUGGCGUCCCUCUUUUGUUUAAGGGUCUGCACCUUCUUGGGGCAUUUGUGUACACAAUCCCACUGGUCUGCAGAAUGAGAGAGUGAUCUGUGCUGAGUUUAAGCUCCCUGAGGACAGAGGCUGUGUACUCAUCUGCCUGUUGUUUUCCCAGACUUAACCUGGCCCAUUAGAGAUGUCAAUCAGACUGUCACUAUCUUUAGGAAUUCUUUGGUCCCACUUGCUGCUUCUCUUCCCAGUUAUCCUAGAAUGGGAAUUCCUUUUACUCUGUGCUCUGGCAUCAUAGCACAUACCACGUAAUUUUGUCUGUUCCCUCUAUUAAGCUCCACGGAAUGGAUAUUUUUGUUUCUGUAUACCCAGUACCGACCACAGUAGGCAUUCAAUCCAAGUUGAAAGAAAUGGAUGAAUGUAAAACACUCAGUAAAGGUUAGCUGAGUUGAACUGAACAGAGCAGGCACACCCUCCUAGCUAUCACUGGGGUGGGAUUUAGUGCAGGUGAUGUAAUGCAACUUGACAGGGUAGUUAAAUAUUGACAGGCAGGAGGAAGCACGCUGGCACUGCUCAGAAAGAGGGAAGUAAGGGCCCUGUGGCUGUCAGAUCAGAGUUGAAGCCGGAGGUGACUGCAGUGGUCCCAGUGACCCAGCUGAGGUCAGUCAGUACACUUGGCACUUGCUUCAUUCGAGGAAUACAUGGACUCCAAUAAAUAUGUUGAACAUCUGUUAAAUCAACUAGAAGAGCAGCACAGAAGUCUCUGGAGGGAGAAGUUGGCGGUGGCCCAACUGCAGCGGGAAGUUGCCCAAAGAGCAAAUGAGGGGGCUAUGCAUGAGAAGCUGAUCCAUGAAUUGGAGGAGGAGAGACAGUUACGUCUUCAAAGUGAGAAGCGGUUGCAGGAGGUGACCCUGGAGUCUGAACGCAACAGGAUUCAGAUGCGCAGUCUGCAGCAGCAGUUCUCCAGGAUGGAAGAAACGGUGCGAAAUCUAUUGCAGAGUCAAGGAUCUUCAGAGCAGAAAAAAGAAGAAAUUGUUAAUACAAUGGUCAAUCAGGAAAGACUGCCAGAGGAAGAAAGAAAACACAACGAAGCUUUGGAAGAUCUUCACAUGGUAGUAGACGAGGAUUCAAGGAGCGAAAGCAGCAGCACAGAUGAGGGAAAAGACAAGACCAAAUGGCUGUUAGAAAGAUUGAAAGCCCUAGAGGCAGAAAAUUCAGCAUUGGCUUUGGAAAAUGAAAAUCAAAGGGAACAAUAUGAGCGAUGUCUUGAUGAGGUAGCCAACCAAGUUGUGCAAGCUCUGCUCACUCAAAAGGAUCUAAGGGAAGAAUGUGUAAAGUUGAAAACAAGAGUGUUUGAUUUAGAACAACAGAAUCGAACCCUAAGUAUUCUGUUCCAACAACGAGUCAGACCAACUUCUGAUCUGCUCCUCCAGAAACUUCACUCACGCAUCUUAGAUCUUUCAUCCGGAGAUUUGCUUUCAGACGUGGCAAGAAGCCGAAGUGUGACUCAGUCGCGAACAGAUGUUGAGCUGCACGAACGCCUGCUGAAUCCGAAAUCAGGAACCUCUGCCUUGAAGUGCCCUGGCUCUGGGGUUGUUGUCCCUGGUCAUCUCUGUCCUCGAAACAGCUGUAGCAGCAGCGAACUGUCUCUUUCAAGCACCUGCAGUGAGUACUCCAGCAGCUCCUCCUACACCUGGCAUGAUGGGAGGAACCUCAGGAAAAUGCAGUCUUCACAAAACUGGGAUAGAAGGCUAAGUGCUGAUUCUUCACUCCCAAGUGGCUUUACCAGUCCUCCAGAUGAACUACCUCCUACUCGAAUCAAGGAAAGCCACAUUUUGGAAGGGCUAAGGAAGCUACAGAAGCGAAAAGUACUAGUUGAACCCUCAUCAGUGAUAACCAAAUGGGGUUAUAAAGAUUGCAUGAACUCGAAUGAAGGGAUAUAUUCUCCAGGAGUGAAGAGUAACAGCCUCAAGGAAUAUUCCCCCUGCAAAGCAGCUGGCCAGGGGAGCCCCUGCAAGGAGCCACAAAAGGCAUUUGUUUAUGAAACAGGUUCCCACAUUAACGCAGAUGAUGACUCCUCUUCCUUAGCGUUGCUGCAAGCAGUUCCAAGUCAGGGCUGCAGGCUGCAUGGGAGUAAAUUAACCCACAGUGUUUCGGACAGUCUAGUUGGCUGGGAGCCAUAUGGAAAACAUUUUUCCGAAGGCACGUCCUCGGUUUAUCCUAAGGAAAGACCUGAAAAACUGACGCGUUGUGCCAGCAACUGUCCUUUGGAGAGGAAGUGGUGCCCAAACUUGCAGGCACCUCAGACUCAGAGUGAGAGGGGUCUCCACAGCCAAGGCCAUGGCCACGUGGCUCUCAGUCUCCAGCUUUCGGACACAGAUGACAAUGAAACCCUUGAUGAGUUGCACAUCGAGAGCAGUGAUGAGAAAAGCCCUUCAGAUUUAUCACUGACUGCUGACACUGACAAAUCCAUGGAGAACCUGGACAUGCUCGUGGGACUUGACAAAUCUCACCAUGGCUUUCCUGAAGAGGACAAAAAGCAAGUGCCCACCCACUUAGAGACUAGGCCAAAGACGUUCAGCUUCAUUAAGCAGCAGAGGGUGGUGAAAAGGACUUCUUCGGAAGAAUGUAUCACUGUAAUAUUUGAUGCGGAAGAUGGCGAGCCCAUUGAAUUCAGCUCUCACCAGACUGGAGUUGUCACUGUUACCACAGAUGAAAUCUGCAUCGAUGCAGCCCCUGCUCCACCCACGGGAGAACACACUGGACUUUUACCUCAGGGAAACGCCCCUUUCCAACCAAGCUGUGCUGCAAGAGACUGUACUUUUUUAAAGAGAUCAGAAGAGGAAACUGAGGGAAACAUUCCAAAAGGCAGUGCAGAUGAUAGUCCCAUGGCACCCAAUGACUCUUUCAGUCCCAGGGCAGUAACACCAAAUACCGAGCGACCAAAGCUGACCAAACCAACACACAGCAUGUCAUGCCAGAGUCAUCCAAGGCCCUCAGCACCUCUGGGUGUCUGUCAGAAGCCAAGUCUGACAAAAAUACCUGCCAGGGGCAAGGCUUCACCCCAGAAGUCAAAAAUCGUGGAGACUGAAGCCUGCACACUCGGGCCCUCAUCCGGCCCCAUGACUCUUGAGAAAUCUCCAUCCUUCAUGCCUGUGAAACUCUCACGGUUCGCAAAGACCGAAAGUCCAGGACCCCUUUUUGAUUUACGACCAGAUUCUCACAUUCCAAAGCACCCUGCCCAGCUUCCUCACAGCUCCAGAAUGUCCAGCAGGAGGGACUGGGCCCAGUGCUCCAAGAGGCAGACUCCAGGGUCACGGUCUAGGCCCCUCAUGGAGCCUAGCAACAGUGGCGACCCACCCAUGAGAGACAGACUCUGUGACUCUGGGCCAGAGGCAGAGGUGAAGCCCCCUUCCCCACCACCCCCUCCCGGCAGGUCAGUCUCGCUACUGGUCAGGUCUAGUCGUGACUGUUCACCACCCCCUUCAUCUGCCAGGUCUGAAACCAGGGGCCCCAGUGAAACUGCGAGAACCAUCUUCAAAUGCCCCCUGCUGAAAGGAACCCCUGCCCCUGUUUCUUCUUCCAAUCAGGCCACAGCAGAAGCACUUAAGAAGAAGCCUUCCAUGGCCUUCAGAAAGCCUGUCCUCACUCACCCUCUGUCCACCCCAGAAACGGUGACUCAAGCCAGAUGCCCUGCAUACACUCCUUCCACCUCACCUGCCAUGACAGCUCCAGGGCCUCCCAAGGCCUCUCCAAAGAGAGGUGUCCCCAGAACCUCUCAACAAACCCUUGGGACAGCACACACAGACUUAGGGUUACGGACUCCCAAGAAUUGCCCUUCAACCCAUGAGGCCCCGGGGACAGCAUCAUCCAAAACUGUAUCUCCAGGAAGAAAAGGACAGGUGAAUGACAGCAGCAUCCCCACAUGCCCCAAGCCUGCCUGCUUAGGGGUGAAUGAGUCCGCAUCAUCUCAGGUGAAUAGUCCUUCAUCCUCAUCGUCACCGUACAAAAGCCAUAAUGCGCCACAUGGUUGUCCAAACACUCAAGAGAAAGGACUGAAAACGCGCCUCCCAGUGGGGCUCAGAGUUCUCAUGAAGUCUCCCCAGUUGCUCAGGAAAAGUUCCACAGUCCCAGGAAAGCAUGAAAAAGACAGUUUAAAUGAAGCCUCUAAAAGCUCUGUGGCUGCAAGCAAGUCCAAGCUCGAGGGCUGCAAGAAUCCAGCAAGCCUUGAGACCACUGGAGGGGAAAGAGAUGCAGCCACUCUAGAUUUCCAAGUGCAAGACACUGUUGCUGAUGGGCUUUCCAUGGAAACAGCACUACCCGAGCCAUUGGAAAACAGCAGCCCUGGGGCUGAUGGAAGAGACGGAUUAGAAAACAGAUCUGUGAAAAGAUCCCUGUCCUCCAGUAAGCCACAUCUGAAGCCAGCGCUGGGCAUGAACGGCGCCAAAGCCCGCAGCCAGAGCUUUAGCGCUCAUUCAGGAGACAAGCCUUCCACGCCCCCCACGGAAGGGCCUGGCAAAAUCCGAACUCAGAUUAUUACCAACACUGCUGACAGAGGCAACUCUCUUACCAGGCAGAACUCUACCAUGGAAGGCUCUUUGAAUAGGACCCCUUCUGCCCCCAUGCCUGAGAGCCUUCUCAGUGCUGGGAGGCCCCUGGGCCACCCAUCCUCCAGGCAGGGCUCCCUGGGGAGUGCAGACAGUACUAGCCAGCAUGGGAGCCCUAGCAAGUUGCCUUUGAGGAUCCCUCCAAAGUCUGAAGGACUCCUCCCCCCACCUGGAGCAGAGGCCCCACAGACAUACACUCAGGGAGAAUGUCCCAGUGUGGCCAUAGCUGCAGAAACAGGCAGCGACCACUGCAGGUGCCCAAUCAUACCAACAGACUGCCCUCGAACCCUGCAGAGCCCGGGGAGGACACAGCAUCCCAGCGGUUUUGAAACAAGCAGGACAUCCAAGGUAGAAACUUCUGGAAGGCAUCCAGAUGCCUCUACAACAAGAACUGGUGCUGUGAGCCCGGAAGCCCCCCUCUCACCCACAAUCGAAGAAAAGGUCAUGUUGUGCAUUCAGGAAAAUGUGGAAAAGGGCCAAGUGCAAACAAAGUCCACCUCUGUGGAAGCCAAGCAAAAGCCAGGGCCUUCAUUCGCCAGCUGGUUUGGUUUUCGGAAGAGCCGGCUCCCAGCUCUGAGUAGCAGGAAAAUGGACGUGCCCAAAACCAAAGUGGAGAAGAAAGACACGAAAGUGCUGGGAUUUGGAAACAAGCAGCUAAAAUCAGAGAGGAAAAAAGAGAGAAAGAAAACUGAGCUGCAGUGUGAGAUGGGAAAUGAGCUCAACAGGGACACUGAGUCAGUAGAUGGGGCAGACAGUGGCUCACAGAGCAAAACAGCUGUGAAAAUGCCGCAGAACACUUACAACCAAAGGAAGUUUGAAGCCAGAAGUAGACUCAGCCCUGUCACAUGUCCAGCAAACGAUGCCUUCAUGACAGAACUGUUGAACAGAGUUGAUAAGAAAGCAGCUCAACAGACAGAAAGUGGAUCAAAUGAUAUUUCCUGCAGGAAUGUGUUAAAGGGCAGUUCCCAGAGCUCCUGUCUCAGUGGCAGCUCCAUCAGCUCACAGGGAAACCACAAGAAAAACACCAGAACCAAAGCCGACAUGGAAACACCGAGAGACUCCCUGAUAAAAGGGGAGAAUGAGAACUUACAAGAGGAUGAAGAAGGUCCAGUUGCAGAUUCUGCAUUCCAGAGCCACAUCAUAGAAUCAAACUGCCAGAUGAGGACUUUGGACAGUGGGAUUGGAACAUUCCCACUCCCAGACUCGGGAAAUCGCUCCAUGGGACGGUACCUAUGCCAGCCAGACUCCCCAGAGGACACUGAGCCCCUGCUGUCUCUGCAGCCAGCCCUCCCUGCAGCUUGUUCCCUCAGAGCCCAAACCCUUGAACGAGAAGUGCCUUCCUCCACAGACAACCAGCUCUCUGCAGAGAAUACAAUUGUUCACUCCACAUCUGACCCCAUCAUGUUGGCCAGAGGGGUGCGACCUGUUCAGAGUUGCCUCCCCAAACCGGUCUCCUCAGGAAAAAUUGGUUCGCAAAAGCAGGAUGAAGCAGAGCCAGGGCCCCAGACCUGCUCGUCAUUGGACUAUGCCAACAACUCAGUGGCAACAGAGCCGCUUCCAGACUGGAGGAGUGAAAACACUGCCGCUGAGACCCAGAAAUUGAAACAAGUUGAAGAAACAGAAGAUCCUGAGAAUAGAUUACCUAAAAUUUCCCUGGAGUCAUUCAAUAAAUUUAACAGCAAUACUGUGAUUUUAUUAGAAAAAGAAAAGAACUCAAUGAACAAGGUUGAAGGACAGAAAGAAGAGAAAGAAAAAAAUGAAGAGGCAUCUUUGAGUAGCUCAGAUAGGCCUGGGAUGGACAACUUGGAAUCUUUGAGCGAUUCUUUAUAUGAUAGCUUCUCUUCUUGUGCAAGUCAAGGUUCAAACGAUGUAUAAAGGACUUUUCUUUUUUCCUUAGAACUGGGAAUGGAGCACUUUGGAGGUAGAGAUGAGGACAGGAAACCUUUGCAACACCAGAGCCCACAUUGUCAGGUUCAAGGCAGGCAACGCACCAGAGCUUACUUCUCUGCCAGGAAACAAAAGUAGACUCCACUCAUUGUGUUUCAAGAGAAUAGAAAGUAAAUAGAUCCAUGAUACAGAAUUCUUAAAUUUGCACAUUUUUUGAACACUUGUAUAGAAGUUGUAAAUUUUGGAGGAAAGAAAUUAUAUUUGUAGCAAAAGAAAAAGAAAAAAAAAGACAGCAAUAAAUGGAAUCAGUGCCAUGCUCUUGAAAUGAUGUACAAAGUCUUAGAAAUUGAUGAUCAUAUAUAUUUUUAAACAAUUACAAUUAAGGUUGUUGUGAAGUGCAUUGUCCUAGUCCUCAGAUUGUUAGAGGGGACACUUUGUAAGCCUAACACAGGGCCUGCAGAAGAAAACCAAGGGAUCAGUCUGAUCUCCAUCUCACUGUCUCACUUUGAGAGGAAUUUUACUUCCAGUGUAAUUUCAAAAUUGUUGCCAGAGAUUCAGGUAGUAAUAAAUGUCACCAGGCUUCUACUAAGAAAUGAAAAGGGUACUGAAGUGUGGACGCCACUGGCAAGUGUGACGCUGAGUCAGAAACACCCCUGAUUCUACUUCCAACACAGCAGGCUUUGCCUCCCAGCAUUUCCUUACAUCCUCUUCUACUUCGUGCUUCUCUGUGAUUCUGGGUAUAAUUUGUUGAUUUUUAUCUUCCUGCUCUUUUUCUUAAAAUCUGGGCACUAUGGAAAGUGUUCACUUUUUAAAUAAAAUGAAUGGUUGGUGCUAUGAAAAAUUCAUACUUUUAAUAUUCUUUUUUCUACAAAGACUGUUUAUAUGUAAGGAUAAAUUCUAUUUUAAAGGUUAUGUGUAUUUUUUCUAGAUGUGCACUAUUUAUAAUUGCUUUUGUACAGGAGCUUGUAAACUAGGCAUAAUAGAAAUAUUUUUAGGAUCUGUAUGGUUACUUUAGCACACACUUGUUUCUUUAAAGAGUAUUAAUGUAAGAUCAGUGUUAUUCGGUUAAUUUGUGCAAUUUCGUUAUAUUGGAGUUUUGGUAUCUUAAAUGAAAAUCUGUAAAAUGUCCUUGUCCUUCCUACGGUUAAAAAUCCUUUCGGUGUCUUUUCUGAAUAAAAAUCCUGUCACCCUUGCA